GUGGUCAAAGCUCGGGGAGGCGACCGAGUCGCUGCAAAAAAUUAACGGGAAACUUUGCAUCGUCGGGCGGGCAGCCGCGGAGCCAGUGGCCGGGGUUCGGUGCUCGGCGGCCGGGGGAGGGGAGAGCGGAGCUUCACCCGGGACGGAGGGUCCGUGUCCCCGCUGCGUCUCUGCACAAGAGUUGUGACGUGCUGUUUUCCACCAACAUGGUUCCACCAUGAGCGAGCGGUCGUUGGACCUCUGGUUCUGUGAGGAGUGCCAGGACUAUUUCCAGAAGGAGUGUCCGUCCCACGGGCCCCCGCUGUUUGUCCCUGACACACCUGCGGCCCCGGGGUCAGCCAACAGGGCGGCGCUCACCGUCCCGUCAGGCCUGGAGGUCUUCACCGAGGGGAACGAGGUGGAUGUCCGCUGCCUGGAUCCAAACAUCCCUAAGGGGGCGGUGUUCGGCCCGUACGAGGGAGAGCUGGUGUCCAAGGACAAGUCCUCCGGCUUCUUUUCCUGGAUAAUUGUUGAUUUUAACAACACGUAUCAAUCCAUCGAUGGCAGCGAUGAGACCAAAGCCAACUGGAUGAGGUUCGUGCGGACCUCGUCAGAGGAGAUCGAGAGGAACUUGACAGCGUUUCAACGUGGUAAAAACAUUUACUUCAGAGUGUGUCGGACGCUGGCAGCAGGAGAGAAGCUGAGGGUCUGGUACAGCGACGACUACAUCAAACGACUUCACUGUGUCUCUCAGGAGAGCAUCGACCGCAACCUGGACACAGAUACCGAGAAGCCAACAGUCCUGCCCAACAUUCAGAAGGACCUUAAAUCUUCCUGCCUGCAGUCAGCUCUGCAGGGCAAACCCAGCCCCAGUAAACAACCCAGUGAAGAGUCCGACGGUCAGCCUCCCACCAAGAGGAAGAAGAUCGACCUCAUCUUCAAAGACGUCCUGGAGGCUUCUCUUGAGGACUCCAGUAAGUCUUCCCUCCAAAGUGAGUGCAAAGCGCCAGUCCUCGGGUCCGGGUUCAACUCGUCUGAAGGCAGCUUUAACGUCCCAAACCUGAAGGUGGAGGAGAAAGAGGAGGAGAACCACAACAGUGAGGAACCCUCCACCUCCUUCUGCCCCAACUGUGUCAAACUGAAGAGGAGGAUCCAGGAGCUGGAGGAGGAGCUGUCUCGAGUCAGAGGAGAACGAGGCAACGUGGUUGGUUCAUCAAUGUCAGAACAGAUCCAGGCGCAACACAAUCAGGCCCCGCCCCAUCCUGAGCAGGGCCCCGUCGAGGAUUUUCAAGUUAUGGAGCCCUUGACGCCCACUCAGGUGGUACUGGAUGAAGAUGACCAGGACGUGGACUCGGCUGAUGAGUCAAUUGCUGCAGAUCUGGUGAUUUCUCCGGAAGACUCACUGAAGCUUUCCUCUGGAGGAGGCCGGCGGAUUCGUCGCUUCAAGCAAGAGUGGCUGAAAAAAUUCUGGUUCCUUCGCUACUCACCGACCCUCAAUGAGAUGUGGUGCCAUGUCUGCCGCCAAUACACCGUCCAGUCAUCCCGAACCUCUGCCUUUAUUAUCGGCUCCAAGCAGUUUAAGAUCCACACCAUCAAGCUCCACAGUCAGAGCAACCUCCAUAAAAAGUGUCUGCAGCUAUACAAGUUGCGCAUGCAUCCAGAGAAGACUGAGGAGAUGUGCAAGAACAUGAUGCUGCUGUUCAAUGCAGCGUACCACCUGGCCAUGGAGGGACGGCCCUUCUCCGACCUCCGUCCACUGGCAGAGCUUCUGAAGAGGUGUGAGCUCAAAGUGGUGGACCAGUACAUGAAUGACGGAGACUGUCAGAUCCUCCUCCACCACAUCGCCCGGGCUUUAAAAGAAGACCUGGCUGAGAAGAUGCGUCUGUCACCUUUCCUAAGUGUCAUAAUGGAUGCCCAAAAUGAUGACCUUUUCUCAGACAUGGUGGCAGUCUACGUUCAGUUCAUUACCAACGAGGGCUCCCCAAACACAGAGUUCCUGUCCUUGCAGAGACUGAGCAUGCCCAGUGUGGACGGAUAUCUGCAGGCUAUGGAUCGAGCCUUUGGCGUCCUCGGCCUCAGGUUUCAGGACUUGCUGGUGGUGGGUCUGGGGGUAGAUGGCACCAACAUCUCUACAGGAAUGAGAGGCAACCUGUACAUAGCUGUACAAAAGACUUUUCCAUGGAUUCUCUGCCUUCCAAUCAUGAUCCAUCGGCCCCAUCUGGAGGUGCUGGAUGCCAUCAGUGGGAAGGAGCUCCCCUGCUUAGAGGAUCUGGAGAACAACCUCAAGCAGCUCCUCAGUUUCUAUCGCUACUCCCCUCGCAUGAUGGCCGAGCUGCGAUCCACUGCUCCAACACUGUCUGAGGAGACAGAGUUUCUUGGGGACAUCAGAGCCAUUCGAUGGAUCAUAGGAGAACCAAAUGUCCUUAACGCGCUCAUCAAAGAUUACCUGGAGGUAGUCGCCCAUCUGAAGGAGAUCAGCAGCCAGACACACAGAGCUGAUGCUGCAGCCAUUGCCCUUACCCUCCUCCAGUUCCUCAUGGACUAUCAGUCCGUAAAGCUCAUCUACUUCCUCCUGGAUAUCAUAGCUGUUCUCUCACGAUUAGCCUUCAACUUCCAGGGAGACUACCUGCUGGUGUCACAGGUGGAAGCCAAGAUAGAAGAAGCCAUUCUGGAGAUUGGACAGUUGGUGGACUGCCCCGGAGAGUAUCUGCAGGAGUUUGAGGAAAACUUCCGUGAAAGUUUUAAUGGCGUUGCUCUGAAGAACCUGCGUGUAGCUGAGUCCAAGUUUCAAUCCAUACGGGAAAAGAUCUGCAACAGGAGCCAGGGCAUCCUGUCUCAGAGGUUGGAUCUGCAGAGUCGCUCGUUCGCCAAAGCCUGCAAGGUCCUGGACCUGUCCACCUGGCCUCAGAACCAGGAGGAGCUACAAGCAUACGGGGAGGAAGAAAUCCAGGUGAUAUUAAACCAUCUGGAGUCCGUUCCCUCUGCAGGUCAGGAGGGCUCCAGGACCGAGGCCAGGGGCAGCCUGGUGGUGGAAUGGAAGGAUCUGAAGGCAGACUACUACAGCAUGAACGGUUUUAAGGAGGUCAUCAGUCACAUCUGCAGGUACAAGCAGCGCUUCCCUCUGCUGAAUCGGAUUGUGCAGGUUGUCAGAGUCCUCCCGAGUUCCACAGCCUGCUGCGAUAAAGGCAGAGGUUCUCUUCAGAAGAUGUGUAGGAACAAUCGUUCCCGGCUGACUCUGGAGCAGAUGAACGACCUGCUGACUGUGGCCGUGAACGGACCGCCAAUCGCUAACUUCGAUGGGAAGCGAGCGCUGGACAGCUGGUUUGAGGAGAAGUCUGGGAGCAGUUACUCUCUGUCAGCUGAGGUGUUGAACAGGAUGUCAGCUGGCGACCAGAAGUCUGUCUUACACAACGUCGACGUCAACACGGAGUUCUACUCUGACAUCUAACAGGCGGACCCAGUGGUGUAGGGCUGCAACAAAAUAACACUACAUCACUGAACUAACGAUAACGACACCAGCGAUUCCAAACCAGGGCUCCUUCUGCAGUUACCAGAGGCUACAUGGAAAGAUUGUGAUGCUCAGCUUAUCUGAAUAAAUCUAAAUUAUGAUUUGAGAACACAUAUACAUUUAUAUUUAGAAAAAAUCAACACACAAAUUUGGAUGACAGGAUUACAAAUGUGCAUGAUUCUGAUCUGUAGUAUUUUCACAAUAUCUUACCAACUAUGGUAGUCGGACUGCAAAAGACAAGCCACAGCUUUCCACCAAUUAGAGUCGAUCUAUAGGUCGAGUAAAAAUGCAAAAAACCUAGUUAGAAAAAGACUGUAGGGGAACGUGUGACAUAAAAACGAUUUGGAACCACUGAGCUGCAUCACUGGGAAAACCUCAGCUGGAUGGAUAGAUUACAAAACCAGCAGACCGGCCAAGGGGCCCAAAUGUUCAGGGGGCCUUAUGGGCUUCAGCUGCAAAAUGAAACACAAAAUGACCACAAAGAUGCACAGAGACAUAAAUGCUAAACAACCACAGUGAGAUGCAAAAUGACUGAAGAGACACAACAUAACUACAAAGAGACGGAAAUUACCACAAAGAGAUAUUAAACAACCACAAAGAGAUGCAAGAUAAACACAGAGACAUACACUGCACACACUGACUACGAACAGUGGCAAAACAACCACAAGACGUGAAAGAACCACAAAGAGAUGCAAAAUGACUGAAGAGACACAAAACAGCUACAAAGAGACACUAAAUAACUACACAUAGACUUAGAAAUGACGUCAAAGAGAAGCAAGCAACCACAAAAUGAUGCAAAACGACAAGAGACACAAAAUGUUUACAAAAUGAUGCAAGACAAUGACGAAGAGAUGCAAAACGAUUGAAGAGAUACAAAACAGCUACAAAGAGACACACAUGGACCACAGAACAACCACAAACAGAUGCCAAAAAAACACAAAGCGACACAAAACAUCCACGGGCAAGCAAAAUGACCAUAGAGACAUGCAUCAACUUUAAAGAAACGCAAAACAACUAUAAUGGCAUGCAAAAGAACCACAAUUACGUGCAAAAUGGCCGAGUUAAGAGUUAAGUUAAGAGACACAUACUGACCACAAAAGAACUACAAAGAGAUGCAAAUCAAUCACAGGGAUGCAAAACAACCUCGAAGAGACAUAAAAAGAAAACACAGAGAUACAAAACAGCUACAAAUGCUUGCAAAACUACUACAACAAGAUGCAAAACAACCUUAAAGUGAUGCAAGAUGACUACAAAUACACGUAAAACCACCACAACAAGAUGCGAAACAACCACAAAGAUGCAAAAGGACCUCAAAGAGAGACAAGUCAAAACGAUCUUAAAGAAACACAAAACAACUACAGAGGCAAAAAAAAAACACAUGGAGACAAAAAACUACAAAUACAUGCAAAACUACCACAAAGAGAUGACAAACAAUUACAACAAGAUGCAAAACAACCUUAAAGGGGUGGAAGGAUGACUACAAACAGAGGCAAAACAACCAUAAAGAGACUCAAAACAACCUCAAUGAAACACAAAACGACUACAGAGGCAAAAAAACAACUAUAAAUUCAUGCAACACUACCACAUAGAGAUGAAAAACAAUCACAAGAUGCAAAACACUUGUAAAGAGGCGCAGGAUGACUACAAACAGAGGCAAAACAACCACAAGGAGACACAAAACAACUACAAAUACAUGCAAAACCACCACAAAAACACACCAAACAACCACAGAGACAUAAAAGGACCCUUAAAGAGACACAAGACGACUACAAACAAAGGCAAAUCAACCACAAAAAAGACGCAAAAAACUACGAAUACAUGCAGAACAACCACAAGACGUACAAAGAGACACAGCAACCGCAAACGACCACAAGCUACAAACUUGUGUGUAGCUGUGUCGUGGUUGCAGUUGAUUGCUGAUGCGUGUUAGUUCCCAGAGGCCCACUGUCUCAUAUCCGUCCAUGUUCAGCUGGAUGUUGUGCUGAAAUCUUUCUCCUCUAACUGACUGACUCCUUUGACUGAUGAACAUUGUUAAACUGAGGGCUACUGAGUGGCCCUUGUUCUAUAUAUAAUAAUUAAGCACUUGUUGCCAGAAUAAAAGUCAGUUCUACUUUGGGAACAAUCUAUUAGUGUCAAACUAAAUGUCUAUUGAGCUGCUCUCUGCUUCAGCUUCUGUGCCAAUGGGAUAUUCAGUCAUGUAGUGCCUGACAGAAACGAAACAGCUAGAGUGUAACGAUGUAUAAAGGCUUUAUAUUUCUAUUAGAAAUGCAGACAUUGCUGCUUCACACUGUAUAUAUUGUAUAAACUGUACAUAUUGUAAAUGCUUUUGAGCCUGUUUUUAAGGAGAGUAUUUUUCUCUUGAAUCUGAUGAUUGUGCCAUAAUGAUCGAAUGCAAGAACCGAAAGAAAAAGGUGCUAUCCUGCUAUGCCAUACUGCAUUCUGCCAUAUUUGUUUAGAUGUUUACUGCUGCAAGUUAUAUAUUUGAAACAUAUUCUUUUUCACCGAUGCAUCGGCUUCAUGUUUGGGUGUUUCCAGCCAAAGCUCAGGCUUAAAGUAAUUCAAGUAAGUUUUAAAAAAUGCAUGACGAUAUUUAACUGUUGCUUUUAGCGCACACUUCUGUAGUAUUUUAUCAUGUUAUAGGUGCCUGUAUUUAGUAAGUGUGCGGAUACAGUGAGCUGAGACAGGAUGAACUCAGCAGGCAGACGCUCACUUUUGCUUUGUUGUUUUUUGUUUGUUUGUUUUUACAAAUGUUAUGUAAGGUUAGCUUUGUGUUUUUAAGGUCAAGGAAUAGUUUGACAUUUUGGGAAAUACAAUUAAUUAUUUGGACCAUAAUUACAAGCAGCCAAAUGAGUUUUCAUGUCAGCCUUCGACUGAAUUUUUCACAUCAUGGUUUCAUGGUCAUAAACUUCCUGGAAAAAAUAUGAAAUUAGAAAAACACCUCUAAAGAUCUCCAAUUAAUACAAUAUAUCUCAUUAAAGCUCUACACAAAUACAAAUGUAAAAUUAACAGUCUGGGGUUUUACAGGAGUUUCAUGCUGUAGUUGUUAGUUUUUAGUCUUUAUGCUAAGCUAAGCUAAGCUAAGCUAAUCGUCUCUGAGCUCUGGUGCUGUACUUCUUAUCUAUCUUUCAGCCUAAGAGAAAAUUAAUCUCCCACAACCCUGCGUCCUUAUAGAAAGACAUCACAUUUUGGGAUCGCUGCACUUUAUACUUGAUUUUGCUUAACUCAGACCUGCUGUCCUCGUUCAUGGACACUUUUUUGUGCCAUCUAGUUUUAGCAAGACCACAAUACACUAAUCCAUUUACAAGCCGAUCGCAACACAGAAGUCGGCAAGAUACAAAACGUGAUCAAAUUUUAUGGUUGAAACUUGUUUUUUGUUAUUAUUAUUAUUAAGACAAAUAACAUACACAACACAUAGCAACACACAGCAUGGCACACAUAUACAUAUCUGGGGGUCACGUAGUCAUGGCUAAGCCUCCCUCUGGCCGCCAAUUUAGACUUGACAUUAGCAAUGAAAUGAUUCCCCCAAACAAAUAAAAAUUAAUACAAAAGCUGAGGUCUCAGGAGGUUGAGUGUAUUUCCCUAAAAUGUCAAACUACUUCUUAAUGUUUGCUGUAUGAUUAGCUCCAAGCUAUUUCAUUUUACUGACAGAUAAAACCUUUGUUUUUAUUUUUACGUAUAGUGCACGUCUGUAUCGUAUGCAUGCAGUUAUUACUGUAUAAAGCGGACCUGUGUUUGAGAGCAUAAUGUUUGUGCGCAGGAUGCUGCCGGAGCUGUCGUCAGACUGACGAUUUAUGAGAAGUGUGUUUUUCUAGGUGAUUCAUGUGCGGCGCAGGAAUAGACUGUUGGUUGGUUUGAUCACAUUUCAUUUCAAUCCAAAAACAUCUUUGACUUAAGAAUGACAAUAUUUCGUGCUAUGCCUUAUUCUGUACGUGUUUUAACGGCUGUUCAUCUUUAUACCGACAUUUGGCUGAUUGUAAUCUGACUCCAGAGCAGAGCGGAGCGGAGUCGACUUUAAGUUGUUGUUGAUGUUUGCUGAACUGUGAGAUUUUUCACUGCUGGAGUUGGAGAUGAAUUUUGGUUACACACGAUCCAAAAAAGAAAAUGAGUGGUUACUUGAUUUCUCUGUUCACUGUUUCUUCUGUUUCAAAUGCUUUAAAAAAUACACUUUAAAAGACAUUUGAUCUGAA